CGCGUGGGCCAAGAUGGCACCUGCCACCGGCUGUAGUUACUGCGCUGCGUUGCCGCUGCUGGUGCUGUUGACGUGUGCGGUGCGUGUGGCGCUGGCGCUGGCGCCCAGCCUCAGCGAGCAGUAUCCGGCGCUGGCGCUGCUCAAGCAGGAGCUGCAGAGGCAGCGGCACAGCCCGGGCCCGGUGGGGGGCUGCGCGCAGCCGGCGCCCGGAGACUGGCGCGAGCCGCACUCGGCCGAGGGUGGCGACUCACCGUUUUUCCACUUCCAUGAAUCAGACUGUGAACUUAGAGGGUCUCCAUCCUGUGAAUCUCUGGUUUCACUCAAUACUGAAAAAAUUCUGAGUCAAGCAAAGUCACUUGCAGAACACAAACGAUUCCCAUUUGCCACUGAUAAUGAUAACACAAAUGAAGAGUUGGCAAUUGCCUAUGUAUUGAUUGGUAAUGGCCUAUAUGAUGAAGCAGUACGACAUUUUUCAUCAAUGCUACAGGAGGAGCCAGAGCUGGUUAGUGCAAUUUAUGGACGAGGGAUAGCAUAUGGGAAAAAAGGACUACAUGACAUAAAAAAUACUGAACUUGCUCUGUUUGAGCUGAGUCGAGUGAUUAGUCUAGAACCAGAUUGCCCUGAAGUAUUUGAACAGCGAGCAGAGGUUCUAUCCCCAUUGGGCCGAAUUAGUGAGGCACUGGCUGAUCUUACUAAAGCCAUUCAGCUGCAGCCAUCAGCGCGGCUUUACAGGCACAGAGGAACCCUUUACUUUAUAUCUGAGGACUAUGCAACAGCCCAUGAGGACUUUCAGCACUCCUUGGAACUGAACAAGAAUCAGCCUAUAGCUAUGCUUUAUAAAGGCUUAACGUUUUUUCACCGAGGACUUCUGAAGGAAGCCAUCGAAUCAUUCAAAGAAGCCCUGAAGCAGAAAGCAGACUUCAUAGAUGCAUAUAAGAGUCUGGGACAGGCUUAUAGAGAACUUGGUAACUUUGAUGCUGCCACAGAGAGCUUCCAGAAGGCUUUGUUGCUAAAUCAAAAUCAUGUCCAGACAUUACAGCUCAAGGGAAUGAUGCUAUACCAUCAUGGGAGCCUAGAUGAGGCACUGAAGAAUUUUAAAAGGUGUCUCCAGCUAGAGCCAUAUAACGAAGUGUGUCAGUAUAUGAAGGGUCUCAGUCAUGUUGCAAUAGGGCAGUUUUAUGAAGGUAUAAAAGCUCAAACUAAAGUUAUGUUGAACGAUCCAUUACCAGGCCAGAAGGCUAGUCCAGAAUACCUAAAAGUGAAAUACCUCAGAGAGUACUCUCGCUAUUUGCACUCGCAUCUGGAUACCCCUCUCUCAGAAUACAACAUAGAUAUAGAUCUUCAUGGAAACUUUAAGGAUCACUGGGCAAAGAAUCUACCGUUUCUUAUAGAAGACUAUGAAGAACAGCCAGGAUUGCAGCCACAUAUAAAGGAUGUGCUACUUCAGAAUUUUGAAAGCUAUAAGCCAGAGGUUCAAGAGCUGAUAUGUGUUGCUGAUCAUUUAGGUUCACUGAUGCAGUAUGAAACACCAGGGUUUCUUCCAAAUAAGCGAAUACAUAGAGCAAUGGGACUGGCUGCUUUAGAAGUAAUGCAGGCCGUGCAACGGACAUGGACAAACUCAAAAGUUCGAAUGAAUGGGAAAACCAGACUGAUGCAGUGGAGAGAUAUGUUUGACAUUGCUGUGAAAUGGCGAAGGAUAGCCGACCCAGACCAACCUGUGCUUUGGUUAGAUCAAAUGCCUGCUCGAAGCCUUAGUAGAGGCUUUAAUAACCACAUCAAUCUAAUCAGGGGACAGGUCAUUAACAUGAGAUAUCUAGAAUAUUUUGAAAAAAUUCUUCAUUUUAUCAAAGACAGGAUCCUUGUUUACCAUGGUGCUAAUAAUCCCAAAGGAGUAUUAGAAAUUCGAGAAGCCUUGGAAAAGGUACAUAAAGUAGAAGAUCUUCUUCCCAUAAUGAAGCAGUUUAACAGUAAAACGAGAGAUGGCUUUACUGUCAACACAAAAGUCCCCAGCCUUAAAGAUCCAGGGAAAGAAUAUGAUGGAUUCACAAUUACAAUAACAGGAGAUAAAGUUGGGAACGUAUUGUUUUCAGUGGAAACUCAGACAACAGAAGAAAGGACACAACUGUAUCAUGCAGAAAUAGAUGCACUAUAUAAGGAUCUGACAGCUAAAGGAAAAGUACUAAUUCUAUCUACAGAGCUUGGGGAGACAGAUGCCAUGUGCAAUCUAAUCCUGUCUUUAGUUUAUUACUUCUAUAACUUAAUGCCACUCUCAAGAGGAUCCAGUGUGAUAGCUUAUUCGGUGAUCAUGGGAGCCCUGAUGGCAAGUGGAAAAGAAAUAUCAGGAAAAAUCCCAAAAGGAAAGUUGGUUGAUUUUGAAGCUAUGACAGCUUCUGGUUCUGAGGCCUUUAGCAAAAUAGCAAGAAGCUGGAUGAAUUUAAAAAGUAGUACUGGUUCUUACAAAAGUCUGCCAUCAGUAUCAGAGACUUUUCCAACAUUAAGAACAAUGAUUGAAGUGCUGAACACAGACUCGUCUCGCUGUCUCAAAAAAACUAUAGUUUCUGUAUAAUUUAUACAAAUAAAGGCCAAGACUACUUGCUUUGUAAAUUAUUUUUGAAAAAAAAAUUAUGAACAAAUGAGGUCCUUUGUUACUUUUGAUACAAUUUUUGAUAAAUGGAAUACUUGAACCUUUUUCUUUACUUUAGAAACUCUUGAUAGAAAAUGGAAAUCCUUGCCAUGACUGAAAAUGUAUGAUGGGUGUGGGAAAGAGGACAUAUAAAGGGUUGAUUUUUGUUUCCAUGCAUAAUGUAAUAACAAAUAAAUUUACUUCAGAGACCAAACUGAAGAGUGACAUAAUUGAAAGGGAAAUACCUUACACUUGCUGCAUAUCUGGGUUUUGUUUUUAAAGAAUGUUUUUGUUAAUGCACUUUGAAAAUGCCAUAUCUCUUCUCUCUUAAUUGUAUACAUUCAGGGUCUUCAGAAAAUUCAACUGUGAAACUGUUAUGAAGCAUUUACUUGUGUGCAAACUAUAAAUACACAAAAACUUCACAAAAUGUAAUCCUGUGAAGGAAUGUUUCAAAGAACUCAGAUAAAUAGUGUCUGGAACACUUGUAAAGAAAUUGGUUUCAAGAAAACAAACUUUGGAAAUAAAAGCAAACAAAUGAAA